AUGAUGAAGCAUGGAGUUCUUGUCCUCCUCCUCUUGCCAAUGGCGCUGGAAGUGCAUUGUUUCAGUGCAAAGUUAACUCGGCCUUGGGAGCCAUCUCCCACGGAACCGCAAAUGACAACAGAAUCCUACCGUAACUACAAGUUCAAGGUCCGGGGCAUUGCAAGAAUCCUUGGCCGAAUUUCAGCCCCCACAUCUUCGUCGCAGACAUCCACUGCACAAGCCGCUUCUUCUUCCAACUCCGAUAGCAGCGAUUCCAACGGCGAAUCCUCCAGAAAUGACGAAGGCACAAACUCCGAAGAUCCAUCCUUAGCUUCCUCUUCCCUUUCCAUUGCUUCCUCCUUGAAGGAUGACGGGUCAACUGUGAACUUUGAUACCAGUAUGAAGGUUAAUGGGGCACACUACGAGAAGGCACCCGGUGUCAAAGAAAAUCUUGGGCCCCUCCUCCAACUGACCCGCCCAGCCAAUUUUCCUGGCGUCGUCCUCUUGCAUUUUCUGGGUGGAUAUUUAGCGCUGCAAAACUCUGGACAAUCCAAUUUAUUCAUUCGAACCAUGCUCCAGAGUCCUUUCAUGUAUGUGGUUUUGGGAGCACUUCUUCUCACAUCUUCCACAAGCAUGUUGGUCAAUGAUUAUUAUGACUUUAAAUUGAAAAGAGAUUCUCAAAAGUUAUCAAGUCCGUUGGUUUCAGGCCAGCUCACCUUGAGCAUUGUCAGGACUUUUCUCACUGAUCUAUAUGCUAUGGCAUUGCUCUGUGUGGCAUUUGUCCCUGGUAUUCCAGCCAGAAUUUCUGUGGUGACAGCGCUCAUGUUGACAUUCUGGUAUACUCGACAUAUCAAACCCAUGACAUGGUACAAAAACGUCAUGUGCGGUGUGCUUAUUGCCUUGAGUCCUUUUACCUCGGGAUCAGCCGCGUUGAAGGUGGCAAGCGAAGUUGGCUCAGGGCCAUGGGGAGGUAUCCGAGUGUUGGCGGUGCCAAGCCUGUGGCGGUUGGUGGCAAUGCUUUUCUUUGGUGUGACUGGAAGAGAAGUAAUGAUGGAUAUUGUGGAUUUGCAAGACGACAAGAUGAACCGCGUGCGAACGAUUCCUGUCACAUAUGGUAGGCACUUUGCCAGUGCCGUGGGAAUGGUGGCAUAUUUGCUAAGCGGGCUCGUCGUCGUUGGAGGACCCGUAGCACAGCUUGUGACGCAGAUUGCAGGGAAAACAAUGUCGCUUUCGACAAUCAAGGCUUUGUUUCUAGCCAACACGGAUGGGUUGACUCGUCGACUUAUCUUCGGAAGUUUGGGCGCCAUCAUGUUGGCUCGACGAGGGAUUCAAGUAUUCCGAACGAAGGGAGAGGAUGCUCAAGUCCUCGACCGAACAAUCGAAGAAGCUCAGCUGGCGAUGGUGAUUUGCCUGGUCAGCUUUGUUUAG